AUGUUGAAUAAUACUGAAUCAGUAAAUCAAUUGAAUAUGGUAACAAGUACAGGUAUAUUGAUGAUAUCAUUAUUUAAUUUUUUCCCUGGCACUAUUGGUCUUAUAUUGAAUAUAUUAGUUUUCACUCGACCGAUACUUAAGAAUGAAACAUGUUCAUUAUAUUUUCUUGUCUCAACAUUAUUUUAUUUAUUUAUUCUAUUUAUUAUUUUACCUGUACGCAUUGUUUCUAAUAGUUUGAAUCUUGAUCUUGCUCAUUAUAAUCUUAUUAUAUGUAAAUUAGAAUUUUAUUCAUUUCAUGUUGUACGUGCAACAUCAAUUUGGUUAAUUGUAUUACCCUGUAUUGAUAGAUAUUUUCAUAGUUCAUUCAAUGUUAAAUUACGUCGGUGGAGUUCUUUACAGUUAGCUCGAUUAUCUAUAUGCAUUAUUAUUUUGUUAAUGAUGAUAUUAUAUAGUCCUAUAAUAGUUUAUUUUGAAAUAGCUAAUGUCAUUGAUCAGUCUGGUCAAAUGACUCCGAUAUGCAAUGCAAGAAAGGGUAUGUAUCGUAGUUUUCAUGCCUCUUGGCAUAUGGCUAUUCAUUCAUUAUGUCCAUGCUUUCUAAUGCUUGUAUUUGGUAUUCUAACAGUAAAGAAUAUUCGACAAAAUCGUCGAAUAUCACCAUUGUUGACUAGAAUUAAUCGGCAUAUUGAACGUCAUCGACGUACAGAUCGACAACUACUACGUAUGUUAGCUGUUCAAGUUCUUGUUAUUAUAAUUUCUACCAUCCCAUCUUCUAUUGUUCGGUUAUAUUCAUCAUUUACAGAGAGUAUCAUGAAGGACGCAUUUAGAAUUGCUCAAGAAAAUUUAAGUGCGCAAAUAGCAAAUUCAUUAUCAUACUUUGCUUAUUCAAGCAGUUUCUAUUUAUAUACAUUAACGGGGAGUUUCUUUCGAAAAGAACUUAUUAAAACUAUUACUUAUUGUUUAAAUUAUCGCCAGCGUUGA